UCUUCAUCCAACAUCGCUAAUUCGCUACGAAAAGGGCCUGGCAUCAGAUCUCACCAUGGCCUCCACGAUGAAGAUGUUCUCGGGGCCUCAAUUGGCCCUUUUUCGGCCUACCUGUUUAUCCACAACUUUUACGGCCUCUCCGCUAUCACGAUGCUUCUCUACGACCUCUCCGGCUCUUGACUGGCUUACUCCGAAAUUCAUGGAAACGUCGAAGUCUCCCAAGGGUCGCCCCCAUGUUGCGACUGGCGGUUCUUCUCGCGGUACAACUGUCGUUUGGGGUGACUACGGCUUGCGCAUGAAGGACCAUGACCGCCGACUGCCGGCUUCGUCACUCAAGAUCGCAGAAGAGACCAUUAAGAGACGUUUAAGAGGAAUGAACUAUACGCUUUACAAGCGUGUGAGCGCCAACAUCGGUGUGUACACCAAGGGUAACGAACAGCGUAUGGGUAAGGGUAAGGGAAAGUUCGACUACUGGACGGCGAAAGUCGGUGUCAGCAGAAUCGUGUUUGAACUGAAGGGCGAUAUUCACGAGAAGGUCGCAAGGGAGGCUUUCAGAUUGGCUGGCCACAAGUUGCCCGGCCUCUGGGAAUUCUGUAAGAAGGGCGACCCCCCUGUUGUCGGCUUGACGAAGCUCGGCAACGGCGUGACUCUGGAGAGUCUGAAGCGCCCCCGCCGGAGCCCAGCCCUGGGCACAGCAAACAUGUCUACGCCACCCAGUUCGACCUCGUCUAGCCCCUCUGCUUCUCAAUAAAUGAAUCGCAUAAAUUCCAUUUGACCGUAAUAGUACAAUAUCUGCGCGCGGCAAAUCCUAAGCGCCAACGCCGGAACCAGGUCCAUAUCCCUGCUGUCUCCUACUCCUCGCUGCUUCUGCAUCGCCAUCUUGGGUUUCGGGCUUGAGGUCUUGUGUAUAUUAUCAUCAGCUUUUGGUUCUUUCUUGAAUGUUUUAUUCCCACAUGUGUCGAUGUCUUAUACACGGAGUUAGAUUGAAGGAAACCAAAGAUCAACUGUACCUUUAUCCACUUCUCCCAUGACACCGCUUUGUCCUGAAAAUCUCCUUGCCCAUUCGGCAUCCUCAUCUUCCACCUUUGAACUGGUAUCCGGAUCCCAGAGACGCAUCAUUUCACUCCUCGUAUGUGGCAUGUUUGCUUAGGGUAGUCAGUUCCAAUAUUACUCCGAAUAAGACAUGGUGUCCCCGCCAAACAGAACCAACAUACCACCUAAUUGACCAGUUUGCUUCGCCGGGGUCUCCGUGAACUCUCGAAUAGAUUCAUACCUUCAUGUAUGGUUAGAUGAAAUCCGCGAAAAAAGCAAAUAAUUAGGGAGAAAAGAAAACUGACUGAGUACUCUCACCACCCGGUUCAGUAUCCAUCAGCCUAGUAUCCGACAUAAUCUCCAAGGCCUGGUGUAAUAUAGAAUAAAAGAACUUCAAAGUGAAUUCCUGUUACAAAGGUACGUUCGAAAUUGGUCCAAACUUUGCUAAACCAAAG